AUGUCGGCUCUCAACGCUUACAUUGACAAGAAGGUGUGUGUCAUUACAAUUGAGGGCCGCACCAUUGUUGGCACGCUGGUUGCCCAUGACCACAAUACCAACAUUGUGCUAAAGGGCGCAGUUGAGCGCGUUAUCCGUACCCCUGACGAUCCCGAGCCCUCUGUCGAGGUGCCUCUUGGCCUCUACAUGAUUCGCGGCGACACCGUCUGUGUGGUUGGUCACGUUGACGAGCCCCUUGAUGCCAGUAUUGACUGGACCAAAGUCAAGGGUGCUGUGAUUGGCACCACGAAGCACUGA